GCUGUUAGCACUCCGUCACACCUUUCCCAGGUAGCCAAGAACUUGCAAGGACUUCGAAAUACACGAGUGGAAACUACCGCCAGCUACGAUGAGUACGAGCGUGUCGCCUUUGGGGCCCAUCGACCCGGACUCCGUGCCUGAAGCGGAGACAGAGAAGUCGGCGCCAUGGAUCGUCCGCAAGCUCGUUGGUUCUAUGACUGGACGGAUCGUGAGGUCUUCUUGGGAAACCCUGAGAGCUUCCGGAACGAGCGUCAUCUGUCUUUCACCGUGGGGUGACUCUUCCCCGCUUCUCCUGCCUUGUAUUCGCUUCAGAGACCUUGCGGUACAUACCAUUAUUGCGGCGACGGGUGGCGUCGCAGCCGUCGCGGCUCCUGUCAUGGGACCCGUGUCCGACGCAGUUGUAUCGACAUUUGGCGAUACCAUCCUUGUCGAGAUGGGCAUGCACGUCGGCUUCGAUCUGACCGCGAAGGCCGCAAACGACCUCAUCUUCGACGGUACAAUUCACGAACUCGUUCCUAUACACUCUAGCCGCUUGCAGACGACCGGGAUCAAGACCAUGACCAUCACGUUGAAGUACAAACAUCUACCCGACGAUGCAUCGCUCGGUUUUUACCGCAGCGGGAUCCAUAAAGACAACUCCUUGUUCUCUAGCGUCAUGGAUUACCUCUCAAUCGAGAAGGGGUGGUUUUCACCCUACCUAUUUGCAUCUGGUCGUAGACCCGUCAUCCCGCGCUCCGUUAAGCCCGACAUUGUUUUUUGCCACGGGCCCUUCCUCUCAGGCGACUACAGACUCGGCGAAACUUUGCUCGCGGAAUCCGCGCAAGUGAUCUCCUUCACCAAGGCACCCCCUCCGCCCGCUCCCUCCGAGCAGAGCACUCUGGCGCCAUUGCAGUCCAGCCAUUCCCUCUCGCUGAAACUCCCGAGCCUCUCGCAGACCUUCGCGCGCUCCCGUACGCCCUCUCCUGAGCCCGCGCUUGCCCCCCUCCCACCGCCACCGCAGCCGCGACGGCUCGUCGUCCUCGCGGUCGGCCUCAAGCCGCACCGGGCAGGGCUCUGGACGACCUCCCAGCGCCCGAGCGAGAGCGUGAUCCAGUACCAGCUCCUGAACGGCUGCCCGGCGAUCGUCGUGCCCGCGCGGCUCGGCGCACCGCUCCUCGCCUGGGACACGCUCACGCUCGAGCAGCUCUGGAAGGUGCAGCUGCCCGAGGGCGACGGCCCGCAGACCGCGAGCAAGGACGGGAAGUUCGAGGGGAUCGUGGGCGUGCUGUACGAGUUCCUGGACCUGUGCGUCGAUUGGGAGCGCUUGGUGCUGUCGACCGCGGGAGAGCAGGGCGGGGAGUCCGCUGCGGAUAAGGAGGAGGCGGUGAAGGAUGCCGUCGAGGUCCUCGUCGCGGCUGCGGUGAGAAGCGGGGCAAGCAAGGCCGUGAAGGAUGAGAUCGAUAAGGAGCGGGCUGGGAUUGCGAUGUGGCGCAUUCCUUGA